UCAACCCCACUGCUGUGUUUCGAGGCAUAAUGGAAUUACAACGAUGAAAACGUCAACAGCGGGAGUUUUACUGUAAAUGUGCAGCUGACACUAUUCUCUGAUUUGUCGGUGAUAGUCUGUUGAGAACUAGAAAUCUGAAUACGUGUAACGAAAGAGCAAAAUAAGUAGAUGCUAAUAAUAAAUUGUUUGACUGUAUUUGGUUGUAAUUUUGAAUCACUUUCCCCAUUUUAUUAUUCGAAAAAUGGGCAAUGUGAUUAUACAUCGGCUCUAUAAUGUAGCACUAAUUGUAUGUCUAAUACAUUUAACGCUAGGGGAUCAACCAAAGAUUAUUAUCAUUGGUGCCGGUCCUGCUGGUAUAGCAGCUGCAUCAAAGCUUUACGAACAUGGUUUCCGCAAUCUCACCAUUUUGGAAGCUGAGAGUAGAAUUGGUGGUAGAGUAUAUACCACAUGGUUCGAUGAAAGCUGGGUAGACCUUGGUGGUCAAUCUGUUCAUGGAGAAACAGGUAACAUAGUCUUUCAAAUAGCUUCGCCACUUGGGCUUUUGGAAGUUCCAGAUGGAAACGGCGGGCUUGAUUUCAACAUUCAUGAUUCGAAAGGUUCACAGCUCCCUGUGGAUAUUGCUGAUGAUUUACUUGAAUUGUAUUUGAAUGUAUCAGCUAUUGCAGAGAAAGCCUUGGAGGGAAACAACGGCUCUAUGGGAGAUUUUUUUGCACCAGAAUUUAGUAGGGAGCUGCUAAAAUACCAAACAUUCAAUGAGACCGUUGUGAAGGGGUUAAUAAAGAUGUUUGAGGGUUUAACAAUAUCGACAGACAGUGCGGAUAACUGGAAUAAUAUUUCGGCGAAAAACUUUGUUGGAUAUGCGGAUUGCCCGGGAAGUGAAAUCGUCAACUGGAAGGACAGAGGAUAUGGAACUAUACUUGAUAUAUUAAUGAAAAAAUAUCCAAACCCUGAAGAAGAACUUCCAAUUAUGAAUAACACCUUGUUGAAUUCGGAAGUGGUCAACGUUAAUUAUAACGCAACAGACAAAAAGAUUUUGAUCGAAACGAGCAAUGGGCAAAAGUACACGGCGGAUCACGUUAUCGUAACACCAUCAUUAGGCGUACUGAAGGAACAAUACGAAACUUUAUUUACACCGCAAUUACCAGAAUCUAAAGUGAAAACUAUCAAAGGCCUAUCGAUGGGAUCUGCUGCUAAGAUUUAUUUUGCUUUUAAGGAACCAUGGUGGCCCGCCAACUGUAGCUUAGUUCUCUUGUGGGAUGAAACGGACAGACGAGAGUAUGAGAAUGAUCCGAGUAAGAAAUGGUUGUUGGAUUUGAUUUCCUUUACUGUGGUACCGCACAGACCACGACUAUUACGUGCUUGGAUUAACGGAGCCGGAGCCCGAUACAUGGAAACAUUACCUGAAAGUCAAGCUUUUGACGAAGCAUUUGCCUUGCUUGAUAAAUUUUUCGGAAAGUCGUAUAAUAUCACCAAACCUACUGGGCAUUUGCGGACUAAUUGGAACACCAAUAAACACUUCCGAGGCGCAUACAGUUUCAGAAGUAUGGAAUCUGAGAGAGCUGACGUUUGGGCAAAUGAAUUAGCAGCACCAUUGCUACUUGACGGCAAACCAAUAGUCAUGUUCGCAGGAGAGGCAACCAAUAGUCAGCACUGGUCAACUGUUCAUGGAGCAAUAGACUCUGGUUUUCGUGAAGCAGACAGACUUAUAGAAUUAUAUAACACGAAGAAUCUGUCAAAAUGAUAAGAAUAUUUUGUAUGUAGCACAUAUAUUUCUCUCAACAAAAAUGUAUGCUCAGAAAUCGGUUAUUCGCUCUCCAAUUCAGAUUUUUUAUCUAUCAGCUUCCUGUCAGCAUUGCUCUCGGGAAAAAGAUAUAUUGUAUGUAACAAAUGACUGAACUUCUAAAUUUUUGAACAGUUAUCUUCUUGACAUUCAAAUCAGGCUUAUAUAUCGUGAUAUUUAUAUACCAAAUUUCGUUUCUUUUGACGAAGUCAUAUAUGUGUUCUCAUUUCUCAAUUUCUGAAGACAAAAUGCUGUAGGAAUCUAACUAAAAAUUUUCAACUGUCAAUAUUUUUAUUGUUCGUAUCCAUAAAAUGACCUCGAAAUACGAAUCUGUAUUUUGCAAAUCCAUUAUGCGUACAUUUACUUUGGUUUACUUUUGAGAAUGACGUGCAAUCAAUUUUCUCUGAACUAUUUGGAUAAAAAUAGAUUCAAUGUUUGUAGAAACUUAUAGUACAUUGCUCAUGUAUCCUUUUUCAGUCACGUCACAUGCAGAUGAUAAUAUCCACAGUUUGUACUUUGUUCAUAAAUAAAAUGAAUCCAAUUGUGA